UGCACUGGGUUGUUGCUGUUUUGUUAUCACAGACACCCUAAAUUACCUUCUAGAUGCGCCACUGCUCCCAGUUUAGCUCGUGGCCGGUCACUGCGCAUGCGUAAAGCCCGGUGUCCGGUGUCAGGCUGUCAGCAGCUGUUGAGUCCAUGAACGGCAAGACCGAGACAGCGAAUUAAACACACCCAAAUAAAGCUUGCGGACCAGGUUCUGGACCGGCUCAGAGACGAACAGGUCGGGGCGGAUUCAGCAGGACCAGCUGGUGAUUUGCAGCUGGAGCUAACAGGCUAACUGACAGCGGACCGACAGCUCUUAUCUAACGGGCUAACGGACAGGCCAGCGGCUCGUGGUAACCACGCUGCACCGUGCGGAUCCACCUCGACCCGAUCUAAUUUUUGGACUUUCGGAACAUCCUGCAGCCGCAUUGUUUACGGAGUCCAGCGGCUGUUUUUUUUGUGAAGCUCGACCGGGUCGAGGACGCUCGAGAGCCGUCAGAGCACGUCAGCCCGGACGGGAUAGACGCUCUCUGACCGGUUCGGACUGGGGACCGGGAGCCGAGAUGCUGAUAGCAGCAGUCGGUGCCGGAUCCGGAAACCCUGCCGGCACGGGCAAGAAACACCGCCGCAGAGGCAAGAAACACCGGAGAAUCCGAGCCGAAGAGAACCGGUCUGAUGACCUCUGUAACCUUCAGACUCUGGAUGCUGACAGCAGGGUACCCACAGCACUCCCACAGACCGCUCUGCCACCCCAUGAAAGCACUCCAGACACAACCACGCCGCAUGGAAACGCGUUAGCAUGUCCAGAAGAUCCCAGAAGCACUCCAGACACAACAACACUACACGAAAACAUGUCAGUAUCUCCAGAAGAUCCCAGAAGCACUCCAGAAGUAACCAUACUGCACAAAAGCGCAUCAAAAUCUCCAGAAUAUCCCAGAAGCGCUUCAGACACAACCACACUACACGAAAACAUGUCAACAUCGCCAGAUGAUCCUAGAAGCACUCCAGAAGUAACCACGCCACAUGAAAACACCUCAGCAUGCUCAGAAGAUCCCUAUGAAACCACCAUGGCACCCCACCAAGAACCUCCACAGGAGCCCAUACGAACACCCCCGUUAACCACUGAAAUCACAGCGCUGAAUGCUCCCCGUACGCCGUCACCACCUCCCCUCCAGAUCUCAUCACCAUUUCUAGGCACAAUAAUUUCCCCCGAGGAACCCCUGGUACCUCCUCAAACUGCCCUCAGCAGCUAUAAGUUUUGCAACCGGUCACCUCCUGCAGCUUCUCCACAUUCUCCUCACAGUCCCAGCCAACCACUGCCAACUGUUACUCAGAGUAAUAAUACCCAGGAUUCCUCCAGAUCGCCUCACAGAACUCUUCAGUCCGUCACAGCAGACGGUCAAACAGAGCUCUACAAAUCGCCUCCUACCUCACCGCACACGGUUACCCACAAUGCCUCUAAGUCCCCGUCAGUGUCUGCUACGCAUCCUGCCAAAGCUCCUCCCACUCCUCCAUUAAGCCCCUCCCAACCCGAUCCUUACCUGCUUACCUCAGUGACCUUUACGUCCAGUGUCUCCUCCCACCUGUACUCCCCCCUCUGCUCCUCCUCCCCCUCUUUCAUGCGCUCUCUCGACUCUCUGGGACCUCCCAUUAGCCUUCCUCCCAUGAUGCCAACGGCAACCCAUCAACUGACCUCACCUCCUCCAGCUAUGACCCCGCCCCCUCCAGAGUUAACCCCACCCCCAGCCCAGCUGUUGGGCUCUGAUGAUGAGGAGCAGGAGGACCCGUCUGAUUACUGUAAAGGUGGAUACUACCCUGUGGAUAUUGGCGAUCUGUUUAACGGGAGGUACCACGUGGUCAGGAAACUAGGCUGGGGACACUUUUCCACCGUCUGGCUCUGCUGGGAUCUGCAGAAGAAGCGUUUUGUGGCGCUGAAAGUGGUGAAGAGCGCUCCUCAUUACACUGAGACGGCUCUGGACGAGAUCAAACUGCUGCGAUGUGUGAGAGACAGCGACCCCUCUGACCCCUACAGAGAAACCAUCGUCCAGCUCAUUGAUGACUUCAAGAUCUCUGGAGUCAAUGGAGUGCAUGUCUGUAUGGUUCUGGAAGUUUUGGGUCACCAGCUCUUAAAGUGGAUCAUCAAGUCAAACUACAUGGGACUUCCUCUGGCCUGUGUCAAGGCCAUCAUCAGACAGGUGCUGCAGGGUCUGGAUUACCUCCACACCAAGUGUAAGAUCAUCCACACUGACAUCAAACCAGAGAACAUCCUGCUGGAGGUUGAUGAGGUUUACGUCAGGAGAUUGGCAGCUGAAGCUACUAUCUGGCAGAGAGCUGGAGCCCCACCCCCUUCUGGAUCAUCAGUUAGCACGGCUCCCAGGGAUCUAGAGAUCGGAAAACUUUCUAAAAACAAGAAGAAGAAGUUGAAAAGAAAAGCAAAGCGACAGCAGAAGUUGUUAGAGGAGAGGCUGUUUGAUAUACAGAGGAUGGAGGAAGACGAUGGUGUGCUGCAGGCUGAGGAUGCAGACAGUAUCGGCUCUCUGGUUGUCAAUGGCAACACGUCCUGCUCUAUAGCCAAUAGCAAAACCAGCCCAGAGUCCAACUGCUCUUGGUUUGAGGAUGGGUGUAACGGCCACGCCCCCGGACGGUUCUCAAGUCCCGCUUCUGGCCUAUCAGGGUUCUCCAGCUCAGUGAUGUCAGCAACGUCUGAAUCGGCACUUUCUACUCAGUCCGGAUACUCGAGUGGACGAGAAGCAUUCAGCGCCUCCGACUUUGUCCUGAGUCCUCUGGAUUCCCAGAACGCAGACAAGAUCAGAGUGAAGAUCGCUGAUCUGGGAAAUGCAUGCUGGGUGCACAAACACUUCACAGAGGACAUUCAGACCAGACAGUACAGAGCUCUGGAGGUUCUGAUUGGAGCAGAGUACGGACCCCCGGCUGACAUCUGGAGCACUGCCUGCAUGGCGUUUGAGCUGGCAACAGGAGAUUACCUGUUCGAGCCCCAUUCAGGAGAAGACUACACCAGAGAUGAAGAUCACAUCGCUCACAUCAUCGAGCUGCUGGGGCCGAUUCCUUUGCCCUUCGCUUUGUCUGGCAGGUACUCCAGAGAGUACUUCAGCAGGAGAGGUGACCUGCGUCACAUCUCCAACCUGAAGCCGUGGGGUCUGUUCGAGGUUCUGCUGGAGAAGUACGAGUGGCCACUGGACCAGGCGGCUCAGUUUAGUGACUUCCUGCUGACCAUGUUGGAGCUGCAGCCUGAGCGGAGGGCGACGGCGGCGGAGUGCCUGCAGCACCCGUGGCUGCAGACAUAGAUGCGCACGCAGCCUCAGGGGCUGCACGCAGAGACAGUCGGCGGUCGGGGAGGGUUGGAUGCGUCUGUUGAGCUCACAUAAUGUGGGAAAUUGUUAUCUUGAUCAUGUGUCUGCGCUGAUUCCUGAAGUAACUGGAUGAUUGAUUGAUUGGCUGAGGCUGGAUCCAAACUGAAUCGGAGUCCUCACGUCUCAUAUGUGAGUAUUUUAAUAUGUUCAGUAUAAUUUCUGAUAGAAAACUCCAGUUCUUCCAAGUUUCUCUUUUUUCUACAUCGAACUUAAACCUGCGUCUCCUGCUGACUUGUUGUGGGACUUCCUGUGCGACUUCCUGUGCUUAAAUAAGAGUCAGGUGGACUUGAGUCCGAACAGGUGAUGCAGCAGUAAACACAGCCUGUUUCUAAAGACCAGUUUAACCAACAUGCAGUCUUUAUUGAUGUGUCCACUGAAGCGAAAUAAGCUGUACUCUUCCUCCUUUGAUCUUCCUGUGUUGAUUAAGUUUGACUGUGCGGAGGUGAGUUUUUUGCCCUCCCCGAGGUCAAACGUCAGCGAUCAGGGCCGCCCUGCUCCUAACUUUUAUCAGCCGCUCGCAGACGUUUUUAUCUCUUUAUGCACACCUCACAAAAGUCUGCAUUUUUGCAGGCUUUGCUUGAGGAUAUUAGCGUAGUGUUGUGACGUUAAAUAUAGUUUUAGUGUUAAUAAGCAUGGGAAAUGACGUUUAGUGUGUUGGUUUGCGGCAGAAGGAAAUGCAGAACUGAAUCAGAGCACAUCAAAGUUCCUUAUAUUAAGAAUUUUAAAAAAAUGUAAAUUUUAAUAUUUAUUAGUUACGUUUCAUUCACUGUAAGCGAACGACACCAGUGAAUGCCAGUGAAGUGUGUGAGGGCGUUUGAUGAGCGAGAGGAUUUUGUUUUGUGUGUUUGCUGCGUUGGCACCUUUGUGUCGACUUUACUCCAGAGUUUGGAUCUGUUAUUAGUCACAAAAUGACGGGAAAGUUAAAGCUGGGCUCGCGUCCUAAUCUGCUUCAUCCUUGUCUGUCACUUUCAGUAAAGCAAGGAUAUCUUUGCUCUGAACCUUUUGCCUUUGCUGUUCUUCCUCCCGCAGUUUUCUAAGCAAUCCACUGCUUUCAGCCUUUUUUUUUAUUUUUUAAAUUAAAUAUAAAACUAUGCUGAAAUGCUACAAUGAGCCUCGCCGGUGUUGACGAAGCCUUACGGUGGAAACAUUUGGAUUCAGCCUCAGUCUUCUCACCUCUGCUGACCUUUGGCUCGGUUGAAUGAGCGAGUUUUAAGUUUCCUUCCUGCACUUUGUCUCUGUCCCGGUCACUCAGCUGCAUUUCUCUGAUUUCUGCUGAGUUCAUAUUUAACUGUCCCUUUGUCACUUCCUGCUGAACCUGUGAGAUGAUGACUAUUGAUUACUGAUCAGAGACUUCUAGGACUCGUGAAUCUCCCUGAUGACUUUUGUUUAGAUGAGCACACUGUAGCUUCCCGACAACAGUUGACCCCCACCCACCCACCCCGCCCACAGUAUUAUUGAUGAUGGUAUUGAUCUUUGUAGCUGAAGGUCAAACUGAAUUGUCCUCUGAUGACCUCUGACCUCCCCUGUUCACCUGCCCUCACCUCUUUCUAUGUUCAUAUGAUAAAUAGUGCCUUGAAAUAACCCCACCCCCUCCUCCCCAUCACAUUGAUAUAAUAAGGUUGUUUUUUUCUACAUGUCAGUGUGGAAUGUUUAUUCUGUGAAAAUAAAGAUGAACGAACACUCACCUGACUUUUAGUUGAAGCUUUAUUGAUCACUUGCAGUAUAUGCUGGGUUACUGCUGUUUAUCACCUCCUUUAUAUGCAUUAAUUAUUUCAUGGCUAAUUCUGACUUUUUAAAAUCAGUCAUUAGAAGAAAAACCUGAAACUGAAGACGUUGCCUUUGAUUGAAGCCGUUCUCACUGCUUUAUAACCUCCUGAGAUGACGAGAGACAUCUGCUUAAAUUGAAGGGGAGCCUGCUUUUAAACACAAAUCAGUGUACAAGAAGCCGGGGCUGAUUCUGUGUCAGAGCCGGAUUUAGCUGCUGAUGGGCCUGUGGCAGAAACUGAUCCUGGGAAAACACCACUUGCAGCUGCAUUACAUUCCAACUGUGGUGGGCUGGUUAAGGCCACGCUCACACAGGCCCAGUUACCGAUCAGUGACCCCCCCCCCUCCCUCCCUAUUUGGGGAAAAACGUGUAUUCCCCAGCUGGUUGGUGAGAACUGCAACUGGUUGCAGAGAAAGACACGGGCCAGAAGUUGCUGUGAGUAGUUCGACUACAGGUGCCUGUAGACCAAGCUGCUCGUGUUCACUCAAAACAAUGCUUGCAUUUCGAGCAGACGCAUUUGCAGUUGACUCUGCUCGCUGCUAAAAAUAUAUUUUUUUCCUUUAAUGCAAAGUCAAGCUGCACAGAGCAAAUAAGGAGAGCAGGAGUUCUGGCACAUAGAGGCAGUCUAUAUUUCAAAUUACGACCCCACGCAGACUGAAAUUCCAGCUGAGCGAAAGCUUGAACAAAGCUGUCGGAUGUGAACCUGGUGUGUUCCCGUAGAGAGGCUCAUCAGCUCGAUGUCAUCCAUGCAGUGGUGCACAGCACAGAGGACCAGUUUCUUAAACGCAGUAUGAAGCCGUCUGCGAACUGUUCCUGAGCUAACCUGAAGGCCACAUAAAGUUUGGAGGUCUGUAGCGAUCGACCCCGCUCUGAUUUUACCACCUCAUGGCUGAGUUGCUGUCAUUCCCAAUCACUUCCACUUUGCUAUAAUCCCACUAACAGCUGACUGGAGUAUUUAGUAAUGAGGAAACUUCACUGGACUUGUUGCACAGGUGGCAUCCAAUCACGGUACCACGCUGGGGUCCCUUUCACAAAUGUUUGCAGAAGCAGUCGGCAUACCUGGGUGCUUGAUUCUAUACGCCUGUAGCCAUGGAAGUGAUUGGAACACCUGAGUUCAGUGAUUGGCUGGGUGAGUGAAUACUUUUGGCAACAUAGUUAAUGAAAACGAGUUCACUGGACUCAGGUGGUCUCCA